AUGAAGGACCACAUGACAGGGCACGACAAGGAGAAACGAUACGAGUGCGACGUGUGUGGCAAGAAGAAGCCACUCGCCUGCUCCGACUGCGGCAAGGGCUUCAAGUCGACGAAUGACCUGAAGAUCCACCGGCGGGUGCACACCGGCGAGAGACCCUAUGGCUGCGCCGAGUGCGGGAAGAGCUUCAAGACGACUAAUCACCUGAAGUCCCAUCAGCGGGUGCACACAGGCGAGCUGCUCCACCUGCGCUUCAAGUCGUCGCCAGAACUGAAGAUGCACAGGUGGCUGCACACGGGGGAGCGCCCCUACAUCUGCAGCCACUGCGGCAAGAGCUUCAUCCGUUCCGCCAGGCUGCUGGAGCACUGGCACACCCACACCGAUCUCGGCCAAGGUGAAAGAAGCUUUGCUGAACUGAGCGUAGGAUUUCUGGAGUUGAACGACAGCCUCCGGCGAUCUGACGAGCGAUAUCUGGCCCUGAACUCCACGCUAGACAUCUGCGUGUACGAGAACUCGAGGCUGAAUCUCUCGGGCCAAAGUUGCGCUGGGAAUCUUUCCGUCUCGAUGGCGAAUCUCUCUGCCUAUCGCUCCCUCCACUCCGAAUCUCUCCAGGAGGUCCUCCAGGAAUGUUAG